CCCGAAAGGAGAACCGGCCCCUGGAGCCUCUGGAAGCCGCUGCUUUUUCUCCGUUUACUGCUUGACCGACCGGGUCCGUCCACCCACACCAGCGGGGAAUAAACCGAUGCGGCUUCGCUUCGGGGAAGAGACGCGUUCGUGUUUUGUUCCCCGUCGCACCGGUUGGAGCCCGCGCGGGCCCCGGCCGCCCCGCUGCAGCACGAACAAUGGCGGGUCCCGAGCGGUCCCAGCAGCAGCAGCAGGUGGAGGAGAAGGCCGAGCAGCUAGAUGAUGCCGAGAUGGCCCUGCAAGGCAUCAACAUGCUGCUCAACAACGGCUUCAAGGAGAGCGACGAGCUGUUCAGGAGAUACAGGACCCACAGCCCGCUGAUGAGCUUCGGGGCCAGUUUCGUCAGUUUCCUGAACGCCAUGAUGACAUUUGAGGAGGAGAAGAUGCAGACGGCCUGUGACGACCUGAGGACCACGGAGAAGCUGUGUGAGAGCGACAGCGCCGGAGUCAUAGAGACAAUCAGGAACAAGAUUAAGAAAAGUAUGGACUCCCAGAGGUCAGGCGUUGUGGUCGUGGACCGCCUACAGAGGCAGAUCAUCGUGGCCGACUGUCAGGUGUACCUCGCCGUGCUCUCCUUCGUCAAGCAGGAGCUUUCAGCUUAUAUCAAAGGAGGCUGGAUUCUGCGUAAGGCGUGGAAAAUGUACAACAAGUGCCACAGUGACAUCAGCCAGCUGCAGGAGGCCCGCCAGCGGAGGCCCUCGGCCCACCAGGAGUCCCUCUCCACGGACAACGCCAACCACAACGCGCCAGUGGAGAACUGCGUCACGGCCGAGGCCCUGGACCGGCUCAAGGGCUCCGUCAGCUUCGGCUACGGCCUCUUCCACCUGUGCAUCUCCAUGGUGCCGCCACACCUGCUCAAGAUCAUCAACCUGCUCGGUUUCCCCGGCGACCGUCUCCAGGGCCUGUCCUCCCUCAUGUACGCGAGCGAGAGCAAGGACAUGAAGGCGCCGCUGGCCACGUUGGCCCUCUUGUGGUACCACACUGUGGUGCUGCCUUUCUUUGCUCUGGACGGCUCGGAUACACACGAGGGGCUGCUGGAGGCCAAAGCAAUUCUGCAGAGGAAGUCGGUGGUUUACCCCAACUCAUCGCUCUUCAUGUUCUUCAAAGGACGCGUCCACAGGCUGGAGUGCCAUAUCAACAGCGCUCUGGCCUGUUUCCACGACGCGCUGGAGCUCGCGUCGGACCAAAGAGAGAUCCAGCACGUGUGCCUUUAUGAGAUCGGUUGGUGCAGCAUGAUCGAGAUGAGCUUUGAAGACGCGUACAGGUCGUUCGAAAGGCUGAAGAACGAGUCGCGUUGGUCGCAGUGCUACUACGCCUACUUGACCGGAGUGUGUCAGGGGGCUUCCGGCGACCUCGAUGGAGCAAUCGGGGUUUUCAAAGAGGUGCAGAAGUUGUUCAAGAGAAAAAACAACCAGAUUGAGCAGUUUGCUGUCAAAAGGGCAGAGCGAUUGAGAAAGAUCUCGCCCACCAGAGAGCUGUGCAUCCUGGGGGUGAUUGAAGUGCUGUACUUGUGGAAGGCGCUACAGAACUGCUCCUCGUCCAAACUGCAGAUUAUGAACCAGGUGUUACAGAGUCUGGAUGAGGCUUCGUGCAGAGGCCUGAAACAUCUCCUUCUUGGUGCCAUCCACAAAUGUCACGGGAAUAUGAGGGACGCCAUUCAGUCCUUCCAGCUGGCCGCCAGAGACGAGUACGGACGGCACAUCAACUCAUACGUUCAGCCGUACGCCGUCUACGAGCUCGGCUGUAUACUCCUCGCAAAACAUGAGACUCUGGGAAAGGGGAGAUCGUUGCUUCUUCAAGCCAAGGAUGAUUUUACAGGCUACGACUUUGAGAACAGGCUCCAUGUCCGCAUCCAUUCAGCGCUGGCUUCUUUAAAGGAAGUCGUGCCUCAGUGACUCCGGGGAAGGGAAGCUACGAUAUCUCAAGCUACGCUCACGGGUCUUUACACCACUGACGUCUAAGCCAUUCGAGAUACACGUAUGACGUCCCUAAGCCCAGUGAGAUUGUUAUGAAGUGUCAACUCUGUGCAUCUUGGGAUGAAUUUAGAUGAAAAAUGGUUAGCCUAGCCGUGGCUAGCAAUGCGAAAUCCCUGGUUAACAACUGAAAAGCCAUAAUACCGGUAGAUAUCAGACAUGUCUUGUUAGCCAGCAAGCUACUUGUCAUGUCCACUAAUGUUGAGACGAAGUAAUGGACGCAGUUGACGGGGAGGAAAAAAACAGCUUAAACUGCUUGAUGAUUUAUUCAGUUUCUUAGUAUACUCAGUUCAAAUACGAUCUCCUCUGGGAAGUUGGAAUAUGCAAUCUAUUUUCAAGGCUUGCUCGUUCCCCGUUUGCUGCAUCCAGCUAGGCUGAACUUGCAUCGGGCCUAUUUAUGAACAAGAUGCACAGAGGUGAAAUUGAUAUCAAUCAAUGACUCUGGGCAGAACAAACAAACAAGCAUAUCUCUCCAGAUCUCUGACUGUUCCUGGGUGUUUUUUUCUCCA